AUGACUAGGGCAAAUCCUGGGUUUUUGCAUCCAUUUAUUUCUGAAAUAGAUCGAGAAUUUCAUAGGUUAAUUAGAGCACGUAGAGCUUUUGUUACUGAUUCUCAUUCAAGUGAUUCUGAUUCUGACCUUGAUUUUGAUUCUGAUUUUGUUGCAGUUUUUGAUAACAUGGCUGAAGAAGGACCGCGAGAAAGAACAUUAAGGGAGCUGGCUGCACCUGAUUUCACCUACGAAAGCUUGUGUAUCCAGUAUCCUGAGGAUGUACCAUGUGUACUCAAAACUGGACUAAUCCAUUUAUUGCCUAAGUUUGGUGGUCUUGCAGGUGAAGAUCCUCAUAUGCAUAUCAAGGAGUUUCGUACUGUCAUAUCCACCAUGAAGCCUCCUGAAGUUGACAAAGAUCAUAUCUGUUUGAAGGCUUUUCCUCAUUCCCUUCAGAGAACUGCAAAGACUUGGUUGUAUAACCUGCCUCCUUCAUCCAUUGCAAGCUGGGACGACCUGAAAAGAAAGUUUCUUGAGAAGUUCUUCCCUGCCUCUAGGACAACUUCAAUCAGAAAAGACAUCUCAGAAAUCAGGCAGCUACAUGGAGAGACUCUACAUGAAUACUGGGAAAGAUUCAAGACACUAUGUGUGAGCUGCCCCCAUCACCAGAUUUCCGAGCAGCUCCUAGUUCAGUAUUUCUAUGAGGGUUUGCUCAACAUGGAGAGACAUCUCAUUGAUACUGAAGCCAGGAAGUUGUUUGAGAAGAUGGCUGCUAAUUCUCAGCAGUUUCACACAAGGAGUAAUGAUGCUGUUAAAACUGUUAAUGAGAUUGGGACAGAUCCAAGGAUGGACAAGCUUGAGAAGAGGAUGGAAACCAUUGCCAGCUUGGUUACUCAAUUGGCCAUGAACCAGAAUAAACCUUCACAACAGGCAAAGGUUUGUGGCAUUUGCACUAAAAACCAUAAUACUGAUGUUUGUCCUUCUCUGCAGGAACCUACAGAUGAGAAUCCUGAAGCAUAUGCUGCCAACAUUUUCAAUAAUCGACCUCAGCAAAAUUAUGAUCUGUCAUCUAACAGAUAUAAUCCUGGCUAG